AUGGAAGCAAUGCUUGUUGUGGCGGAGGCCAUCGAUCGGAAGAGGCAGGAGCUGCACGAAGUGCGCCGAGAGGUCUUCGGCCUCCUAAUCGAGGAGGCCUGGCGUGCCGCCAUGCGCAGCCGCCACUAUUUGACCGGCUCUUACCGCGUUUUUCACGGUUCUCAGUUUACCGGGGCCAAGAGUACGUGGACGGCCGCCAAAGUUCCGUAA